AUGGAUCUCUUCGUUAUCCUGUUGAUUUGUCUUUCGUGUUUGAUAAUUUUUUCUCUGUGGCCUGGAAGACAUGCUAGGAGGAAGCUUCCACCUGGCCCCAUGCCUCUCCCAAUUGUUGGAAAUAUUCUCCAGUUAAAUAUUAAGGACAUCAGCAAAUCCCUAAGCAUGCUAGCAAAAGAUUAUGGCCCUGUGUUCACUGUGUAUUUUGGUAUGAAACCCACUGUGAUAUUAUAUGGAUACGAAGCCAUCAAGGAAGCCCUGAUUGAUUAUGGAGAAGAAUUUUCUGACAGAGGGAGUUUUCCAGUUAUAGAAAAAUUCACCAAAGGUUUAGGAAUUGUUUUCAGCAGUGGGCAAACAUGGAAGCAAACCCGGCGUUUCUCCCUUAUGGUGUUGCGGCAGAUGGGGAUGGGGAAGAAAACUCUUGAGGACCAAAUUCAAGAAGAAGCCUUGUGUCUGGUGGAAGCAUUAAAAAAAACCAAUGCAUCUCCUUGUGAUCCCACUCUCCUUCUGGCCUGUGUUCCCGGCAAUGUGAUGAGCUCUAUCAUUUUCCAGAAGCGUUUUGACUAUGAUGAUCAGAAAUUUCUAACCUUGCUUAAGUAUGUUCAUGAAAUCCUCGCAAUUGCAAGCACCCUCUGGAUACAGUUCUGCAAUUUGGUCCCUUUUUUACAUUAUUUCCCAGGAAGUCACAGAAAAUUAUUUAAAAAUGUUGCUGCCCUAAAGAAGUUUAUUAUGGAGCAAAUAAAAGAACAUCAAGAAUCUCUGGACACCUCUAACCCUCGGGAUUUCAUUGACUAUUUCCUGAUUAGAAUGGAAAAGGAAAAACACAAUAAGCAGUCUGAGUUUACCAUGGACAACUUCGUCAUUACCGCAUGGGAUAUCUUUAGUGCAGGAACAGAGACAACAAGCACCACCCUGAGAUAUGUACUUUUGCUCCUGCUGAAGCACCCUGAGAUCACAGCUAAAGUCCAGGAAGAAAUUGACCAAGUGAUUGGCAGAUGCCGGAGCCCCUGCAUGCAAGAUAGAAGUCACAUGCCCUACACGGACGCUGUCAUACAUGAGAUCCAGAGAUACAUUGACCUCACCCCCAUCAUUCUACCCCAUGCAGUAACCCAGGACUUUACGUUUAGAGAAUAUUUUAUCCCAAAGGGCACGGAAAUCUUAAUACAUAUAUCUUCUGCCCUACAUGAUGAGAAAGAGUUUCCCAACCCAUGGCAGUUUGACCCUGGCCACUUUCUGGAUGAAAGUGGCAACUUCAAGAGGAGUGACUACUUCAUGGUUUUUUCAGCAGGUAAAAGAACGUGUGCUGGAGAGAGCCUGGCCCACAUGGAACUGUUUUUACUCCUGACCACCAUUUUACAGCAUUUUACCUUGAAACCUCUGGUUGACCCAAAAGACAUAGACACCACCCCAGUUACCAAGUCAUUAAGCAGUCUACCACCCUUCUAUGAGCUUUGUUUUGUCCCAGUCUAA